CCGAAUCAAUGCUAUUCCUCGGCGUUUCUCUGAAAUGUUUCCACAGUCACAAACAUGCAGUUAGAUGAUGUAUCUAAACCUCUGAAGGAAUUGUACAGCGGGACUUUAUCAUUCAAUAAAACACAAAAUGCAUCGCUCUCGCAGACGGAAUUCUUCUGAGAGCAGGGCGAAUCAAGGCUGCAGAGAAGAAAGAAGAAGACGGAAUGAUGAACAGGCUCAUCACGGUUACAAAGAAGGAAAGAAAAAACACAACAUUGAUCAGAAACAUGCAAGGUCUCAGUCUCGUGAUUCUAGAGCUCAUACAGCUAGGACACAGGCUCAGCAAUGUACAUUUGGGGCAAGAUCAUCUGAUACUCGUGUCCCUUCUCGAUCCUGGGUCCCUCAGAAUACAUGUAAAUCACAACCAACUAUUGUUCGUUUUCAGGGCUUUCCAAUCCCAUGUGUUCCUUCAUCUCAUGAUAAACUAAUAACAUUUUUUGAAAAAUAUGAAUUGAAGUAUGUUGGUUUUAAUCUCUUAAAUAGCGAUUAUAGUGAAGACACAUCGGAUGUAACUGUGCAGUGUAAUUCUAGGAAUGAAGCUGAAUUGUGCAGAAACUUGAUACUUCAAAAUUUCAAAGUUUAUGAUGCUGAUAUAGUGUCUAUCAAUGAAAUUCCAGGUCAUGAAACAGCUGCACAUGAACACACAAUGCACUCCCAGCUUGGGAAGCAACAACAAAGACGCCUAGAAGAUGCAAAAAUACUGAAUCAGAAACAUAUCAGGUCUCAGUCUCGUGAUUCUAGGCCUCGUACCCCUAAGGCACAAGCUCGGCAUUGGACAUCUGAUACUAGGGUUCGUUCACGAUCAUGUAUCUCUCAGAAUGCAGGUAAAUCACAAUCAACUAUUGUUCGUUUUCUGGGCUUUCCAAUCCCAUGUAUUCCUUCAUCUCAUGAUCAACUUGAACAAUUAUUUAAAACCCAUGAAAUGAAAUACAUUGGUUUUAAUCUCUUGGAGAGCGAUUAUGGUAAAGAUAAAUCAGAUGUCACUGUGCGGUGUAAUUCCUGGCCUGAAGCUGAAUUGUGCAAAACCCUAAUACUUCAGAAUUUCAAAGUUCCUUUUACUGAUAUAUCCUAUUUCAAUGAAAAUACAAUCCCUAGUUGUAAAGCAGCUGAACAACUACACAAUAUGCACUCCCGGCCUUUGGCUAAGAAAAAACCAACACGUCUAGAAGAUACAAAAGUACUUGAAAUACUUAACCUUCCACCAAAAACACAACAAGGAGAGGUAGCUCAAUUAGUGACAGAACGGUGUACAGUAAAACUAUGUGAUAUCAGAAUUACAUCAGACAGAGCAUUAUUAGUCUAUUCAUCACGUAGUUCAGCCAUACAAGCUUUACGGAAAAUUUAUGGAGUUAAAUACAAAGGCAGGUUAUUGGACAUAAGAUUACGAAAGCGUGAUUUAGACAUGGAAAAUACAAUAUUCAAUGACCUUAAACACAACCUAAAGGAGGAGAUGAAUGGAUCACUGUCGAGAAUCAUACUUCAGUGGGACCAAGAAAUUGAGGAUCUGACACAACGUAGAACAGAAAUAAACAAUAACCGUAGACAUAAGUUUGUUCCUCUUGAAGAAGCUGAAGCUAUUGAUGUUAUAAGGAAAGAUUUAUCUUUCAAAAGUCAACAGCUUUCUAAUUUUAAACUGGAGUUAGAACAGUUUUUGAAACACAUGGAAUGUAAAAUCGACCAGGCAGACCAUAUAGGUACAGUAGGGAAGAUGAGAAAUUAUCUAUGGCGUGAAAUACGAAAAGCAGAGAAUCCACUACCUAUAUACGCUUACAGAUGUGAUAUUGUCAGUACUGUGUUUAGUCCGGAGAAUAGCGCAUGCGUUAUUUUAGGUGAAACUGGAUCUGGAAAGAGCACACAAAUUGCUCAAUAUUUAGCAGAUUCAGACAUUCUAAUCCCAACUGACACGAAAAUUAAAAUCGCAUGCACACAGCCACGAAAAGUUGCAGCAAUUUCACUUGCUAAGAGAGUCGCUGAAGAGUUUGGUUGUGAAGUGGGAGAUGAAGUUGGCCAUAUAGUUGGCUCUUUCCGGAAAACAAGUUCGAACACCGUCAUAACUUUUAUGACUGAUAGGGUUCUUCUUAAUAUGCUUUUACGAGAUCCAAAGCUUGAAGAUUUCUCUUGCAUUAUCAUAGAUGAAGCACAUGAACGUUCUAUAGACACAGAUAUCUUGAUUGCUCAACUUAAACAAGUUUCUAUUCAAAGGCCAGAAUUGAAAAUUGUCAUAACCUCAGCAACAAUUGAUGAACAGAUAUUUUGCAAGUACUUUAAUAACUGUCCUUAUAUGAAGAUUCCUGGCAGAGUGUUUCCAGUUGAGACAGUAUUUACCAGUGAUGGUACAUAUGAAGUCAAAACUGAUUAUGUAAAAGAAGCUGUACAGAUGGCUCAGUUAAUACACGAAACAGAGGAGCCUGGAGAUAUUUUGGUAUUUUUGACAUCUUCUAAUGAAAUUGAAAGAGCAUGUGGUGAUCUUGCAAAACGAUUGGGAAUAGUGGAGGAUAACGGUAAUGCCCAGAUACUUCCAUUACAUGGAAAACUUCAACCACAGGACCAGAUGGCUAUAUUCACUGAGCCUCCACCAGGUAAGAGGAAAGUAGUGUUUGCUACAAAUAUAGCCGAGACAUCAGUUACCAUAAAUGGUAUAAAGUAUGUUGUUGAUACAGGAAUGGCUAAAGAGCGUCGAUAUGAUCCGAAACGAAAUAUGAGUGUAUUAGAAGUGACAAUGAUUAGUAAGGCAUCAGCUGAGCAAAGAAAGGGAAGAGCAGGUAGAACAUCAACCGGUAAAUGUUUUAGGCUGUAUUCAGAGAAGGACUACGAUGAAAUGGAAUCAAAUAACAAGCCAGAAAUUCUAAGAGUUCAUCUUGGAAUGGCAGUUCUACAGCUUCUUCAGCUUGGUAUUCAGAAUGUUGAAAAAUUUGAAUUCGUCCAACCGCCCCAGGAAGGUGCUUUAGGAGAAGCUUUAAACAUGCUAGAGUUUCUUGGAGCUGUAGGUGAAGUUUCUCAUGACUUGACUGACGUUGGACGUCAGAUGUCUUCGUUGACAUUGGAGCCACGUUUGGCAAAAUUGGUACUGUCAUCAAUUGAGAAUAACAUGGCUGAAGAAGGUAUACUUGUUGCUGGUCUGCUUGCAGCUGGUGGUAAUGUCUUCUACCGAUCUGGAUCGGAUGUUCAAAAACGCAAAUCAGAUGAAUCAAAACUAGAUUUUAGUAAUAUGCUUGGGGAUGUAUUUACAAUGUUAGAUGUUUAUGACGAAUGGAAACAACAACCAGAAAAAGAAAGGACAAAAUGGUGUGUUAGGCGAAGCAUAAAUGGAAAAACUAUGAGAAUUGUCACAGAUUAUGUGAAAGAUAUCAAAUCUUCUUUAAAGUCUAACAAUAUUCUUGUCAGUAACAGCAGUGAUGUCAUUAAUUGGAAGGAUGAAAAAAGAAGCCAGUGUCUGCGCAAGAUUUUGCUGUCAGUUUAUGCUCAGAAUUUAUGCAUAUAUAAUGGACAUCCCAAAGCUGGUUAUACCAUUGUUUUCCAGCUGAAGACUGGCGUAAUACACCCAUCCUCAUCAUUGAAAUCCUUAGAUGUUUUUCCGAAGUGGUUAAUCUACAAUGAAUUCAGUCGUACAACUCAAGAUUUUCUUGUUAGCCUUACACCAGUAGAGGAUGACUGGAUAUUUGAAGUUGUACCUCGUUUAGCAGAAUGCAUUGAUUUUCAAUUAUUAAGCGAGAAUCAGGUACAUGAGGAGAUUGUGCAAAAUGUUGGAGCAACACUUAUGGGCCGCAUCAUUGGUAAGAGGGGACAGGGGCUAAGAAAGCUUGAAGAACAAGUGUCCUUGAUAAAGAAAGUGGAUUCACCUAUCAUGAAAACAGUGUGUGUAAUUGAAUGCAACAACCAAAAAGGCAGUGUAGAUUUAUUUGUUUCAAAGAAUGUAGCAACUGAAGCAUCGACAUUAGUCAAGAGGACUGUUUCUGAGGAACGCUCUUCCCUUGAAAAACAGCAACUUGAAGUUAAUAUUGGAAACUCAUUGUCUGGUGUUCGACAGGUCCUUGGUAAAGGGGCUGAACCAAAAUUCAUUUUGAUGCCAGAAGAUUUUAGAACUUUAGAAGUCAGUAAUGUUACUGAUGAAAGUUCUAUAUACCUAUGUUUAUGGCUUGAGCAUGAAGAUUUUAAAAACAAUAUUCAUGAUGUCUUCACCUUUCCUACUCACAGCAAACAAGCCAAACGUGGUGUCUGGGGCAAGGUUACAUUUACAUCUCCCUUAAUUGCCCAAAGAGCACAGCAACUUUUUCCAAAAGAUAAUACCAUGAAAUGCAAAGCUGUUUGCCAAGGAGGGCAAGAACUUCGUGGAUUAGAACAGGAGCUUGUUGCAACCUGGAAAACUGGACAAUCAAAAGGAUUUGCUUUUAUCACAUGUGAAAAUGUUGCUGAUGCACAAGCAUUGAAUCAAGCUAUAACUGGGUUGGUUAUCAAAUCAUCAGUAAUAAUAUAUUGCAGUUUCACAAAAAAAGACGCUAGUUCUUUGAUUGUAAAAGGAUUAGGGUCAGAUAUAUCAGAAGAAGACAUAAAACAUGCAAUUCGUCAGAAAUCAGACAUUAACUGCAAAAGGGUUGUAGUUCCAAGGGAAGCACCUUCGACUCAUAAAACUAACAGUGAAUAUUCUGAAGAUCUUAAGAACUUGCUUGUAAAAUUUACAGAUAAGGCUAGGAUUGAUGUGCAUAUUCCUCAGAAAGAAAUGCAUCGGCCUGUAGCCAAGGAUGAUACUCCACGAAGUAAACAUAUGAAAGCUUUUUUAAAGUUGAAUCAAGUACCUGCUGACAUAAUAACCCAAAUGAUUGCUGAAGUGCCAUCAUUACCAAAUUCAGUUGGACAUCAGUUGGUAAUACAAAGGGUAGUGAACUGUAAUAUCUUCUGUCCCGGAUAUAUUUUCAAAAUAAUCGAGGAUGGAUUGACAGAUAUGAAAAAAAAAACAGAGCAAACAUUCAGAGAGGUGCGUAUUCGAUAUAAUGAGAAAAUAUCUGGUGUCUUUAUCAAUUUUCACGGUAACAAUCCAGAUGAUCUGAUGAAUGUACAGGCCCAGUUUGUCAAGUUGAUCAAUGGGAAAGAAGUAAUGGUUGCAGGAAAUAGUAGGGUACUGAGGGAAAUCAGUGGAAACUAUUGGCGUCAAUUCCUAGCUGCUGCUGAACAGACUACUGGUACGCAUGCUUUUUAUGAUCAAAGAGAUAAGAUCAUAAGGAUAUAUGGCAGUGAUGAAGGUAUACAGAAUAUGACAGAGUCCAUAAAUGCAUUUAUCUGUAAAACUGAGAGUAAUUUUUGCGAAAUUAAUCUUGGUGAAUUUACAAAAGCAAAAGGUAGAGCUUUGCAGAUGCUACGAAAAGUCUUUGGUCCAGAUUUGAAUAAUCUGAAGGUGAGCAGUGGUGCAGAGUCUGUUUCAUAUGUAUUUAAAUCAAGGAUUGUGGUAGUUCAUGGAGAAAUCAAUACUCAAAACAAAAUUAAAGGUCUAAUUAAAGACUGUCUGCAACAAGAAGGAAUAGACUUCAACCAAGAGGAUGUUAUUGAGGAAGAUGAGUGUGGUGUUUGCUUCUCACCCAUAGAGAAUGAUUCUCACCGAUUGGAGGGAUGUGGUCACAACUAUUGUAAAGAAUGCCUAAUGGAUCUGCUCCAGCAUAGUGUUAAUUCGAAAGAGUUCCCAGUCGUUUGCCCACGUGAGAAUUGUCCACAGUUGCUUUUUAUGUGUGAUAUCAACAUACUCACCCGAAGUGGGCAGACUAGAGAGAGGCUUUAUGCAGCAACCCUGGAUGCAUUUAUUGCACAAAAGAGCAACGGUGAAUAUAAGUACUGUAUAACACCUAAUUGUACAAUGGUUUACCGUGUGUCCCGUGAUGGUGGAUUAUUCGUCUGCCUGCAGUGUAAUCAGCAGUUCUGUACUUCAUGUAGACUUGACCAUCCUGGAAUGACAUGUGGAGAGUACAAGGCUAAUAAAGAGACGUCGGACAGUGUAAUGGACUGGGCUAGGAAAAAUCAAAAGGAUGUGAAAAAAUGUAAAUGUGGUGCCUUGAUUGAGAAGACCGAAGGAUGUAUGAACAUGUACUGUACUAAAUGUCGUAAAUCUAUGUGCUGGGUUUGCACUGAGGUAUUUGAUACAGGAGACCAGUGCUAUAAACAUCUUAGAGAGGUUCAUGGUGGCUACUAUUAAUGGUAAUCACAAUAAAACUUCAGCUCUGUCCAUAAUACAAUUACCGGUGCUUAUUACUACUUUAUACAUAUAUGUAUGUAUGUAUGUAUGUAUGUAUGUAU